UUUAUGGAAUCUGAAUUGCCAUCAUUUAAGGAAAGCAACCCUCAGUUAGAGGUGGUUGCUGAGCUUAACCGCGGUCAACAUCCUUAUUUGAAAGGCUUGUACGAGAACAAGAACGAACGAGUUGUAUCUGUAAUGAACAUGACCCCAGAAGAUGUGCUACUUUGUGCAACCAGGCUUAGAAAUUCACUGGGAAGAAAGGUAGUGAAACUCAAGACUCGACAUGUCACCAAACACCCCAGCGUACAAGGAACAUGGACAACUGACAUGCAGAUUUGAAGCCCGAGAUCUGCUGGUUUGUUUCUUUUGCAUGCAGUCUGAUUUCCUUUCCUAAUUAGGAUGUUGAAGCUUUGGAGUUGAUUAUUGGCAAUUUGGUGGUUAAUUAUCUUCAUUCAUUGUUUGAGAUCCAUAAGACUGUCAAAUGUUUGUACACAAUAGUUUGGCCUGUAUUAUUAGCAUAUGUCCCCAGGCGAA